AUGGGUGUCUUUUCCUUUCUCAAGAGCGUCUACACCCUCGACACACUCGACACACGCUUCACAUCGUCCUCGUCGGUGCCGUACAAAACGGUAGUUGAAGCGCGCAGCGACCCGGUUGCGCAGCGCGAAGUAACCGCUGCCAAGGCCCAGAGACGCCACGCGCAACCAUCCAAGUGGCGGACGCCCGAGUUUUACCUUUACUAUGUCGUCUUUGUGGUCGCGGUCCCGUACAUGUUCUGGAUCGCCUACGAUGUCUCGAGGCCCUCCGACCCUAGAUACCACAAAUUCGAACGGUUCCUUUCCGAGGGCUGGAUCCCCGGCCGCAAAAUCGACGUUUCCGAUGCGCAGUACCACAUGUUCCGCAGCACGCUGCCGUACAUGGCGGCGCUGCUGACCCUUCACCCGCUGCUGCGCCGAGUCUGGAACGCCGUCAGGCCGAUUAGCAAUAAGAAGCCAAUCGGCGCGGCGCGCUUGGAGCAGCGAAUGUCGUUUGACUAUGCCUUUGCGUUUGUGUUUCUGCUCGCGUUGCACGGCGUGUCGGCAUGCAAGGUCCUUGGCAUCCUGUACAUCAACUACCAGCUGGCGACCAAGCUCCCCCGGCGCUACGUGCCUGCCGCGACGUGGAUAUUCAACAUCUGCACGCUCUUUGCGAAUGAAACCUUUGAUGGCUACCCGCUACGCAAGGCGGCGGCGAUACUCUCGCCGCCGGUGCUGACAGGCGGCAGCGUUGAGGCGGUGGACUCGCCGCUGAUGGAAUGGGGGAGAUGGCUGGAUAGCUUUGGCGGCGUCGUGGCGCGGUGGGAAGUCUUGUUCAACAUUACCGUGCUGCGCCUGAUAAGCUUCAACUUGGACUACUACUGGAGCCGCGACAAGAACCAAGGCGACAUUUUCGAGAAGAAGCAACUCGACCCUGCCAACUUGUCGGAAAAGGACAGAAUAUCGAUCCCCGCCGACGUCAACGACUACUCGUUCCGCAACUACGUUGCCUACGCCAUUUACGCGCCUCUCUACCUUACUGGCCCCAUAAUGACAUUCAACGACUUCAUCUCGCAAGCCAAGCAUCGCCCUUUGAGCAUCGAGACGCCCCGCACUGUCCGCUACGCCGUGCGCUUCCUGCUGGUGCUCCUGGCCAUGGAGCUGAUUCUGCACUAUGACUACGUCGGCGCCAUCAGCAAGGCCAGCCCCGUCUGGGCCGACUACACGGCGGCGCAGCUCAGCCUGCUGUCGUUUUUCAACCUCCACCUCAUCUGGCUCAAGCUGCUGCUGCCAUGGCGCCUCGCGCGCCUGUGGGCGCUCGUCGACGGCGUGGACCCUCCGGAGAACAUGACGCGCUGCGUCAGCAACAACUACAGCACGCAGCAAUUCUGGCGCGCCUGGCACCGUUCCUACAGCCGCUGGCUUGUCCGCUACCUGUUUGUGCCGCUUGGCGGCGCUUCGUUUCGCAACUGGCGCGCCGUUGCGCGGUCCAUCAUCACAUACAUUUGCGUGUUUACCUUUGUCGCGCUCUGGCACGACAUUCAGCUGCGGCUGCUCAUUUGGGGCUGGCUCAUUGUUCUGUUUAUGCUGCCAGAGUUUACGGCUGCGGCGCUGUUCCCCAAGAGAAAAUGGGAGGGCCGCCCGACAGAGUACCGCAUGCUGUGCUGUUUCGGCGCCAUAUUUAACGUGCUGAUGAUGAUUACGGCGAACCUGGUGGGCUUUGCGGUAGGUCUGGAUGGAUUAAAAAGCAUCAUCACGAGCAUUUUGCAUGACUGGUCUGUACACGACAGUACAUCGAUGAUAAACUCCGCUGCGAUGUUGCGACAAAACACGCUCUUAAACAAAAGACUCUGCAGUGUGCUCUUUAGGCCUCUGCACUGUGCCAAACUCGGCGUCUUGUUCGUUCCGCGAGUGGCCUUGGCCCACAAACUUGCCCUCCAUGCCGAGCUUUUGUUCCGUGACCCAGACGCGGAGGCGAAUGAUUGCCCACACGACGACAAAGAUGAUGAGGAUGCCGACGGCGAUGCCGACAAUGUAGGCAGCGACGUAGCCGCGCCCGCCGACCUUGUCGUGGUCGAGGAAGCGGUACGUGUACCAGCCCUGGUCCGCGAGCGUCAGAAACGCGACGCAGAGGUAGCCGAGCAGGAUGACGAUGAGCCAGAGGGCGUGAAUCCAGAGCGGCGGCGCGGCGCGGGCCAGCAGCAGCUCAAAGAGCGCGAAGAAGCUGUUGAGCGCAUGCUCGCUGACGUUGCCCCAGGCGUCGUAGGCGCGGGGAAACCAGGACCCGGCAAAGAGCAGGCUCCAGUAGACAAUGGUGACGAGAAAGGGCAGCGUGACGAUGGAGGAGUAGAAGAGGGCGUGCAGGGCCUGGAGGGGCCGCGGGAGGCGGCCGAGGAGCGAGGAGCGGCCGCCGCUGCGAAUGUAGCUCAAGGUGUGCGUGGCGGCGGCGAGCAGGUAAAAGGCGAGGCCCCAGUAGGUGAGCACGGUAAAGUAGGAAAAGGAGCGGCGCGACGCCCGGCACCCGCCGAGGUCGUCGUGGGUGCAGUUCCAGCCGAGGGUGAAGAAGAGGUCCGUAAAGGCGUACAGAGACUAAAAGAAGACGAGCAAGGUUAG